AUGCCACCUCCAGCCGACCACGCUCCUCUCGGACCCAAUUUCCGUCUACGCGCCUCAGCCGACCACGCUCCUCUCGGACCCAAUUUCCGUCUACGCGACCCUCAGCCGACCACGCUCCUCUCAGACAAAUUUCCGUCUACGCGACCCUCAGCCGACCACGCUCCUCUCGGACCCAAUUUCCGUCUACGCGACGACCCUCAGCCGACCACGCUCCUCUCGGACCCAAUUUCCGUCUACGCCACGACCCUCAGCCGACCACGCUCCUCUCGGACCCAAUUUCCGUCUACGCGACGACCCUUAGCCGACCACGCUCCCCUCGGACCCAAUUUCCGUCUACGCGACCCUCAGCCGACCACGCUCCUCUCAGACAAAUUUCCGUCUACGCGACGACCCUCAGCCGACCACGCUCCUCUCGGACCCAAUUUCCGUCUACGCGACGACCCUCAGCCGACCACGCUCCUCUCGGACCCAAUUUCCGCCUACGCGACCCUCAGCCGACCACGCUCCUCUCGGACCCAAUUUCCGCCUACGCGACCCUCAGCCGACCACGCUCCUCUCGGACCCAAUUUCCGUCUACGCGACCCUCAGCCGACCACGCUCCUCUCGGACCCAAUUUCCGUCUACGCGACCCUCAGCCGACCACGCUCCUCUCAGACAAAUUUCCGUCUACGCGACGACCCUCAGCCGACCACCCUCCUCUCGGACCCAAUUUCCGUCUACGCGACGACCCUUAGCCGACCACGCUCCUCUCGGACCCAAUUUCCGUCUACGCGACGACCCUUAGCCGACCACGCUCCUCUCGGACCCAAUUUCCGUCUACGCGACGACCCUCAGCCGACCACGCUCCUCUCGGACCCAAUUUCCGCCUACGCGACCCUCAGCCGACCACGCUCCUCUCGGACCCAAUUUCCGUCUACGCGACGACCCUCAGCCGACCACGCUCCUCUCGGACCCAAUUUCCGUCUAAGCGACCCUCAGCCCCAGCUCCCCAGGGAGCCCGGGGGCCUCAGGUCAGCGGCAGGUCUCCCUGCUGGGCACCUGGCGAUGAACAGCGACUUCCUGCAGCACCCGCACGUCAGAGGGCGGCUUCCGGCUCCCGGGCUGCGGCACAGGCGCCGCAGCACCGCCUCACCCAGCGCGGGCGUCACUGCGGUCUCCGGCCGCCACCGUCUCACCUUCCCCACAGCUGGGAGCGCCGGGGUCGAGUCGGCCCUCGAGGCCCCGCCCCCGCGGCACCGCCUCGGCUUACGUCACCGGGCGCGCGCGAAGCCGCCUCCCGCGCCGGUCCUGAGGAGGGGCGGCUGCCGCACGCGGAAGGCCGCGUGGAGCCCAGGGGCCGGGACGCGAGUCGGCGUCGGCCCGCCGUGUGGGACGGGUGCGGGUCCCGCAGCUGCUUCUCGGAGGAGAACGGAGCCUGCGCCUCUCCGGGGCGGGACUUCCGAAAAACAUCCCAUAGCAAGUGGCCCUGUGAAGAGUGGCAACAUGGCAGGUGCUGCCUGCUCCUCAGGCACCCCAGAGAACCGAUGUGUGUGCUUGCUGCUCAUCCCAGACGUCAGUCAAACUCCACACGUCCGCACUAGAGAGAGCCUGCGACAAAAGUCACAGAGGAAGUAGAGCAGAAGGUGAGGGGACAGGUGACUGCAGGUGACUUUCCUGUGACAACAGAGCCCGUGCUGCUGCUGGGGUCAGAAAGCCCCACAGUGGACACCCUGGGGCUCACGUCACCAACGUGCCCUGUUGGGAGGCGUUCCGUUCUCUGAUUGGUUGUUGUUGCUGACUGUCAGUUAGCAGAUGCUGUGAUAUGGGCUUGUGCACGUGACCACAUGCCGAGGUUAUCUGUAACCAUUAGUGGUUGUUUUACAAAGGGUGUAGGAUACUCUCUACUCUUAUCUUCUCAGUUCAAGCCACAGCCACGCUUUUCCUAGAGUCUUGUCUUCCAAACUUGGAAAGUUCACAUCUAGCAAUUUUUCCUUUAAAAAUAUCCUUCCUGUCCAUGUACUAGUUACUGCGGUGGGGGAGGGUGCCUGUGAGGCCAGGACUCAACCCCAUUACAUGGUCAACGUUGGUGUGCCAAGGAUAGUUCCAGUUCUCACUCCCAGGGGCUAGUCUUUACAACAUUUAAGGCUGCUCACCACAGGCGGCAUGAAGGAAGUGUGGCACAAUUACCUUACUGCAUGGGAAGGAAUAGAUGGACAGUGACCGAAAUGAGUGUCAGAGCGAACGCUGGCGGAAACUCAUAGCCCAACAGCUUCUAAGCAGCUUAUGUAUGUAGGUAGCAUGUCACUCUGGCGUCGUGACCCCACGGGAGGUGUGAUGCUCUGGUGUAAACACACGGGAAGGAGGUCCGCUAGCUCAGUAACUGCGUGGAAGUAGCCUAACCUCGUGUAGUUACUGCACAAGAAGCGUUCACUAUCAGAGGCUGCUCCCCUGUGGUAUCACACCCAGAAGAAAGUGCCUUCCGAGCUUAUCAAAAUGCCCGUGUCUGGGUGGGUCACCGACGUUUGGCAGCCAGGACUCUCUAAUAGGUCCCAGACACGGCCGUAACGAAGUCAGGACAAACCUGGCCUCACCUCUGGGUCACAACGCCACGGAUGCUGGUGCAAAUGUGCCUGGUUCUCGUGGUUCUCCAUGACUUACCUGAUUCCUUAUAGCAACCCAGCCUCUCCCAAGAACGGCCAGACUGGAUGCCCCACCAUGCGCCUGUCGUCUGGAGUUCCUCUGUUCAUUCCAAGCAGAGUAAGCCCUGAAUUCACGCAGAUGGAGAGCUCCCGUCGUUGGAGCACUUAUUUGUUCCAUGCACUACUUUCGCAUUUGAGUCAGCACAGGGCUCCAAGAUGCUCAGAGCUUGUGGGGAUGGCGGAGUCUCGCUCUGCACCCCUUUCUCAAGAGCCAAGUAGGAAGGCUGCCUGGAGGUGUCGGUGGGGAAGCAUGCUGACAGGCAGGCUGUCUGCACGCUCGGAAAGCAGGGAAAUGGGAACGGGAAGUGCACGCAGGGUGUGCGCCAGACUCAGCAGCAGCAGAUGCGUCAGAAUGCGCAGACCAGCAGACUCUGCACGGUGCGCAUCAGGCAGGAGGCAACAGGAGAACCUGACUCUGCUCCCUGUGCGUGCUGCGUGCCUGUGAGGGGCAGAGACUAAGGGAGGUGGAGAUGACGAGUUAAGGAGAAAUGGUUCUGGGUGGUUUUCAGUCCCCAUAUUAGGGGGAUGUUGGGGACCCAGUAAGGGAACGCACACAGUCUCAUCACUUGAUAGAUUCUACUGCAGAGGGAGUUGGCCACACAGCCCUAUCCUGCCUUCGUGCCAGUGGGCAGUGAGUGCCCUGCAGGGUCCAGGUUCCCUGACAAAUGCACGCACAGUCUGCCCACACCCGUGCAGCGGCCGGCUCAGUCUCUCAUCAGCACUGACACCACCCGCCGAGACGCUUCGUGAGCUGUGAAGAGCCCAGCUCCGGAGCUCCGUCCCCGGCUAUGUGUCAGUUCUCACCUGGUCUUGCUUUGCCUCCAUGGUGCAGGACGGCUGAGUCUGCCCCAGGCCAUUUGCCACAGUGGACGGAGGGCUGCCCGUGUGUUAACUGCAGAGCGUCCCACAGGGAAUCCUUUUCCCCGCACCGCUCCUCUGUACUUAACAGGAACCAGAACCCCCGGGAGCGACUGAUAAGCGCGAGGCCUCGGCACUGUGUCUCCCAACCUCCCUCUCUGCUGUAGGACCCCAGAACGAACUUCAGGGACUGAAAAUCAAAGCUGACUCAAGUUCAACAAGAGGAAUCUUGCUAGCGAUUAGAAAGCGAUCGCUGUGUCUGGGUAGCCCGCGGUGUCGGGAGGACGAACUUGAAAAGGGAGCUGAGGGUCUGAGCCCUUUGAACAGCUCUGCAGUCAUAAAUCAUCGCGCCCUCCCGAACCGCCACAACUCCUUACUUCCCGGGCACUCCGAGACGACGCUCAGGUUUGGAAGUCAGCUUUCAAACUGUCAAGACGUCCCUCCAGUUGAAAGUGAACUUGAUUAAAGGGCAAACAGCUGCAUAUCCGGAUCUGGUUCUGAUUUCUUGCAGGGAUGGAGAAGUGGGGAGGCGUCAGAAGGCAGGCAGCCUUCUCAGCAGCGGAACGGGCAGAGCCCGGGCUGACGACCGUGUGUGCAGGGAGAACGGCCCUUCCUGAUCUGUGAGCUUUCGUUCCCCAGCCUGUGGCCCUCAUGGCCGCAGCACACGGCCUGUAUCGUCUCCUAGGACGGCCUCAGCUUGCAGCGAGGGGGCAACAUCCCUGUGAGACCCCAGCGAGCAAGCGGCACACGCAGCGCGAGAACCCGGGGCUGGCUCCGGGAAGCCCCUGCUCACACGCAGGAGGACCAGGACCCCGGGGCGCUUAGGUGGAAACGCACUCGGACAACGAGCGCUCCUCUGAGAUCUGGGACCAUAGCGUCUGCGCACAACCAGGGUCUCCUUCAAAGCCUGUUAUAUAACGGGGUGCAGUAAUCCUCACCUGAGGCCAGGGAAGAAGAAUGUUCCCCAGGGGUCUGUGUGCCCAUCUGACUGUCCCCAUGCAUUCCCAGGCCCGUGCCGAUGAAGAUGCUGGAGCCAGCCCCAGGAACCCGUAGAGAACGUGUUGCCAUCACACAAACACCGACUGCUGGCUACCUUCUGCUUAAGGAAGGGAAUUCUUGAGUGUUUUAGGAACACAUGGUCCUAGACUCAUUAGAUGUACGGAGCAAGGUGGUGAGAAUAUUUGUAGCCAAAGCCGGGGGAACAGGGGCUUGGCAACCAAGCCUGUCAGCCACACAGCUGUGCCGCCCCAGACCUGCCAGCCAGCACUUGACAGUGGAUCCAGGGCCCUGCUGGACGCUUUUUUCUAUGGAAACAAAAGUUUGCUUAACAAGAAACAGCUUGCAGCAACGCCUUCCGCAGGUGAUGUGCUUGUACUUACUAAAGGGAGCUGCAGGACAGGCGCACUCUGUAGUCGGGAAUUCUGAAGGGAUAAAGAGAAUCAUCGCCAUUUUAUAAAAGUGAGACCGGCACGCCACUGGAUCGGUGGGUUUUUCGGGUGCUUGUCUCCUCAAAACAAAACGUACAACCUUUCACUCCAGUGUGCUGUGGGAGGUUCAGGCUACUUAGCAGGAGUUGUGCAGUCCCCUCAGAGCGGCCUCCUGCAGGGACCACAAGCAGCGCCGCUUGGGACGCUGGCAUCCCAGGGCUUGCUUGGCUUAAGUAGCUGGGGUCCUGCCACCCACAUGGGAGACCAGGCUGGCGUCUGGGGCUCCUGGCUUUGGCCUGGCCCAGACCUGCUUCUUGUGGGCAUUUGGGAAGUGAACCAGGAGACAGAAAAUAUAUCUCGCUCUUUCCCUCUCCCUCUCUGUCACUCUGCCUUUAAAAUAAAAGAAAAUGCCCACUGUUCAUUUCUGCCUUUCACUAAAAUACAAAGCCAACAGCAGGGCCAGGCAUUUGGGCAAUGGUUAAGUAGCUGCUUGGGAUGCCAGGAUCUGGUAUCUGAGUGCCACUUUUGAGCUCUGGCUUCUCAAACGUCUGACCCAGCUCCUUGUUAACGCACACCCUGGGAGGCAGUGGUGGGAGGCACGUGCUUGAGUCCCUGUCACCCAUAUGGGAGACCUGGAUGGAGUUCCAGGCUUUUGGCUUUGGCCUGGCCCAGCCUUCGCUGCUGAAAGCAUUUGAGGAGUGAAUCAGCACAUAGAAGAUCCUCUCUCUCUCUCUCUCUCUCUCUCUCUCUCUCUGCCUUUCAAAUAAAAUGAAAACAAGCAAACAAACAAAAACAACCUGACAGCAGCCAGCAGUGUAAAACCCCACGUUCCUGCUGUCACCGGGCAGCAGCUCAUACAAUGGUGUCACGGUUUCCUAUUGUGUGGACGGUGGCUGUUCUGGAGAACACACGUUAGUUUCUGCAUGUGCUCUUGCUGGGCUCCACUCAAAGGCUAUAUUGUGCUUUCUUGUAGCUUAAACACACACACACACACACAUACACUUUGUCUCCUGGCUGUGUGCUAGAUACUAGAGAUCCAAAGGCAAGGAACAGUGGCCACUCCCUAGCUCAAAGUUCUGGUGCCACGUUGCAUUCCCUGACGGGACCAGAUAACAGCUCUCCCUUAUCAAAGAGGAAUCGCCAAGUAUGUGUUUGGUCCAGGGGAAUGUUGAAGGACUAUCAGGACACAAAUUCACAUGCUAUGCAAACUUGAGUCUUCCCAGCAGUCCUCCUGAAACGUGUAUGGAUCUUUGCACACACAUGUUGGAGACAGCCCAUUGUUCUUCACAAUCCAUCCUUGGCUACUGUCCGUAGUUACAGGUUUCUGAGUAGACAUAAUUCACAAAACAAUCCCACUACAUCAGACGUGGAGGCCAACAGUCGUCACUUGUUGUGUGGCAUCCUCAGGAAACUAUUGUAAGGUCGAUACCACCUGACAAACACAAAGCCAUAGAAUGGCUUGCAACAGGUCAGCACAGGGCAGGGUCUGCCUGCUCAGUAUGUAGUAAGUGUUAUCCUUUUCCUUACAAGCCCUUCUGUAUGGAGGUGGUAUUUAGAGGAUUUAAGACACCUGCUAAUGGGGCCGGCACUGUGGCAUAGUGGGUAAAGCCUCCAUCUGCAAUCCUGGCAUCGCAUAUGGGCUCUGGUUCAAGUCCCAGCUGCUCCACUUCUGAUCCAGCUCUCUGCUAUGGACUGGGAAAGCAGUAGAAGAUGGCCCAAGUGCUUGGGCUCUUGUACCCAUGGGAGACCCAAAAGAAGCUCCUGGCUCCUGGCAUCAGAUUGGCCUAGCUCCAGUCAUUACAGCCAUUUGGGGAGUGAAUCAGUGGAUGGAAGGCUUCUCUCUCUCUCUCUCUCUCUCUCUCUCUCUCUCUGCCUCUCUGUAACUCUGCCUUUCAAAUAAAUAAAUAAAUCUUUAAAAAAAAAAGACACCAGCUAAGGAUGUGAGCUGAUUAAGAGACAGAGGUGGGAUUUGAUGCCAAGCUCUGUCACUUCUAAGUUACAGUAUGAAGUUGAAAGAAUCAUCAGAAUCUGCCAUUAAAAACUUUGUAUAAAAGGCGGACACCCAAAGUAUGAUUUAAAUAGGUCUUAAGUAAACAUUUAGGGUGGAUGUUUCUGAGACACUCAUUCCUGGCUGAAAAACUCCCUAGAGACCUUGUGUCUAGCCUGCUCCUUGGAGUAAGUGGUUACAACACACACAAGAAGACUCACUGUGUUCUGAGAUGAAGACGGUGGUGAGGGGAGACACCUAGCUCUGGGUGAGUCUCUGGGUUAGGAGCUGACAGCAAAUGGUAAGUGGAGGUGACACCCAUAAGAAUUCAAAAAGUGCGUAAGGAGGGAGACUCCAAGCACGUGAGUGCGGACAGAGUGCCCCCAAGCUUGGAGUCUUGUUCUUCACAGGCCAAGCGUGGGCUCUGAUCAUUUAGAUCUGCAGGGCAGGACCAUGGCAGGUGUCAGCACGCAAGGAUGUGUGCUACCAAGCAACUGCCACUUUCCAUGGUAAACCACUGGUGGUAGGCCAGUGCAGGCUGUGGCUCCUUCAGCUGCUCCAAAUUCCAAUCUGCCUUGAGACCAAGUGGCGCCCAUGGAGGGGCUAACUUGGCAGUAACCUGAGUUACUGGGAGACCUGAGCAACCCUCAAGUGCUCACAGCUGCAUAAUCUCUCUCUCUCUCUCUCACUCACACAUACACACACAGCCCAGCAUGGGCCAGAUUAGAAAGGACACAUGCAUGAUCCUGGCUUUGGACUCUAAAGAGACACUGGGCGUCAGCAGAGCCCCACCAGUCAAGCAGGAGCAACACAGCUGGGAGGAGACACAUAUUGAGGCAGCUGCUGUGGGGAAUUGCUUUAUGAGAUUUGUGGGCUGGCUGCGCACUAGCAAAACCCAGGGCCGGCCCCAGCCAGAGCAGGCUGGCACUCCAAGGCACGGCGCGGAAUCUGCAGGUGGAAUUUCUCCUGGGAAACUUCAGCUCCGCUCUUACAGCCUGUUCACCUGAUGGAAUCAGGCCCACCCCGAUCAACUAGGAUGGCUUCUUUCCCUUAAAAUGCACCCAUAGUAGAUGCUAAUCCCAAAGCUAGACUAACUUUGAUAAUGCCACUGUGUUUGAUAACGUUUGCUGAAGUGACCGGCCACUCCUAGGCUAAAAGUAACCGUGGAGUGGAGACCAGCCGUGCUGAUGCAGCAGACCGACUGCCGCUGGCCCAACUUCAAAAUCAUCAGCUGCUGAGGUUCAGGAACCUGCUUGGAGUUACCGGCGGCUGAAAUCAGUCGGGGGAGGCAGCUGGUGAGCCCCUCCACCGCAGACCGAAGCCGUGGCCUGGAAAAUGCUGGCCUCCCUGAGAGCGUGGGAGCUGUCACUAGACAGCCCACUGUGGGAGAGCACGGGGGAAAAUGCGACCAGAGGGAAGUGGAAAUUCAGAGUUUUGGAUCGUGUAUUUUUUGGAUCGUGUAUGCUUUAACAGAUCUAUUUCGACGGGGACCUGUUGACAUUUGCCACCACUACAAAUUUGUCGACUACACGGGGAGUCAGCAGUGUCUCAGAGGUCAGUGUAGAUGCCUCUCUCAAGUACGGGCAUCGCACAGAGGCAGUACUGACCCUGGAGGGGAGGGGAGACUGUCACUGAUGGAUCACACGCUCUGGCACAGAGAAGGGGAAGCCUGCUUUCCUUUGCCCGCUGCCCGCUCUUCAGCUAGCCCCGAGGCCGUAUCUGUGUUGCAGCAAUGCGCCUGAGCUCUAACGCCCUGUAUACCAGAGAGCGGCUCCUUUUCUAAUUUGGCAGGGGCCACGUCGGUUCUCUGGUAUUUGUGUCACCUGCCGAGUGGUUUGAACACCGAAGUCUAUUUAAUUUGAUACUGGGCUAGGAAAGAGGGGGCAUUGUCUGAUAGAACCGCCCUGGCCAAGGGUAAGACAGCCCGACCUGCUGCUGCUAACACAGCCCUGGGUCUGCACAUCACGGAGAAGCCCCCCAGCCACGGGUUGUCCCAGUAAGUAAGCAAGCAGUCAGCGAGUAUGCUCGUCCACACUGGCCCCUGCACCACUGGACAUCAGCCUGCAGGGAUCUGGUCUUUUUUCCUACUCCAAUUCCUCUUUUAUAAUGGAGGGGGUUAUAGGCACACAUGGUUAGCAUUAUAUUAUUGCCAUUUAGUCUCUUUGAAGAAUCUCUGAAGCACUGCAUUGACAAAAUCCUUAAAUCUUAGAUUAAGAAGCAGGAAGGGGAGUGAAAUAUCAGUACCUUCAGGAACAAAACCACAGUGCGACAUUGGAAGCCUCUUUCAAAGAACAGCGUUUGGUUUGAGGGUGGUGGUAAGGUUGGCACGCACAACACCUCUGCCUGGCUGGAAACUCGGUGGUUCGGCCCAGGAGGCUGCUGAUGGGGAACCUUGCUUCUCUUGGUCCACGUUUCCAUAUGCAGGGACCGCACGUAGGGUGGCACAUGUGGUGCUUUUCACUGCUCUCUGGUUCUGCUCUGGGGAGUGUGUGAUCUCCCUGGAAGGAAGAACUGGGUUCCCCCGUUCAGCUACUUUGUUUCUCCUUGAGGAAGCAAUGCUCAGCGUGUGCUACACACUCUGCUUUUCUUCAGGCCUGAAGUUUGAAAGGGACAGGAGACAUGAUUUCUCUCCUCCAUAUGGUGAAUUGGAAAGGGGGAAGGCCCUGGCCCUCAGGCACAGGAAGGGGGGGGGCAUGGUUCUCUGCGGCCACCAGUGGAGCGUGGAGCGCAGGUCUGUCACUGCUGGCGAGCCCCCAAGCCGUAUUUCCCCCAAGCCCGAUUGGGAAGAAAUCUGGCCCUUUGAUGUCCCUGGGCUGAACCUUUUGUUCUUCAGUCCGUGCCAUGCUUAAUUGGAAGGCAAGCACGUUACACAUUAAAGGCCUCCAACCCCAACCCAUCCUCUCACAGAACUGUCAUUGCCAGGCUAAACCUUGGUUACAGACAGGUCUCUACAUGCCCACCUCCGCACGGUAUUCUUCCUCUACCUCCCUUGUUUCAAGUAAAAGCUGCUGUCUCUCCAAGGCACAAACCUCCUGCCCCGAGCGAGCACAGGGCAGGGCUGCCUGCUGCUUCUGCACGGGUUCAACAAACCCUCUCUUCUCACAAGCUCCAGGGUCGGGGGAGGCGGCAGUGCAGAGUGGGAAGGUGCUGUUUCCAUUGCCCCCUUCCCAUGCCAGAAUGCCUGGUCCUAGUCCCAGCCACUCGGUGCUUCCGAUUGACUCCCUGCUAACGUGCCUGGGCAGUAGCAGAUGAUGGGCUCCAGUACUUGGCUCCCUGCCACCCACAUGGGAGACUUAGAGGGAGUUUCAGGUUCUGGCCUCCAGCCUAGCCCAACCCUCACUGAUUCAGACGAUUGGGGAGUGAACCAGCAGGUAGAAUGUCUGUCUCUGUCUCUCCAUUGCUGACACUCUGCCUUUCAAAUAAAUUAAAAAAAUCUUAAAAAAAAAAAAAAAACGCUCAGCUGUGUCACGUUAUUCACAACCACAGUUCCCACUGUCCGUGGGAGAUAAGUACCCAGAUUGUCUACGGAUGCCUGGACCACGGAUGGCACCAACCCUGUAAGUUGAUGUUGUUUUCUUUUAUAUACAUGUCUAUGGUUGAUGUUUAAUUCAUUAGCUAGGCACAGAACGAGAUUAGCAACAACCCAGUAAUAGGUAUACUAUAAUAAUAUACUACAACAGAAGUAAUGUAAAACUUGGACUGUUUUUUAUUUCUGGAAUUUUCCAUUUAACAUUGUCAGCUGAUGGUUGACCACAGGUGUGGGACGUGAAACCACGGCCAGAGGGGGCCGCUGCGUAGAGUCCACCCUCCUAGAUUCCCUACUGCGGAGCCCGUGUUUUGCCCAGGCGGCUGUCCAU